ACAUUUUAAACUUUUGAUUCGACCAAACCAACUUUCGUAUCGAGAGAAAAUGGGCAUGGCAAUAUCACGAUUAGUGAAAAUGUUGUUUGCCAAGAAGGAAAUGAGGAUUCUGAUGGUAGGACUUGACGCCGCAGGCAAAACCACCAUUCUUUACAAGCUUAAACUUGGCGAGAUUGUUACUACCAUCCCAACUAUCGGUUUUAAUGUCGAGACCGUGGAAUACAAGGAUGUUAGCUUUACGGUAUGGGAUGUUGGAGGACAAGACAAGAUUCGACCCUUGUGGCGACACUAUUUUCAAAACACGCAAGGGCUUAUAUUUGUGAUUGAUAGCAACGACCGAGAAAGGAUUACAGAAGCUAGAGAUGAGCUUCACCGCAUGAUCCAUGAGGAUGCACUUCGUGAAGCCACGAUACUAGUGUUCGCAAAUAAACAAGAUCUUCCGAACGCGAUGAAGGUUUCUGAAAUCACGGAUAGACUCGGACUCCACUCCCUACGAAAUCGUCGUUGGUAUAUACAGAGUACAUGUGCAACAUCUGGCGAAGGGCUAUACGAAGGUCUUGAUUGGUUGUCGACCAAUAUAUCGGCCAAGGGAUAAGAGUCUUCAGGCAUCACUAUAAUGCAAAGACAGUUCCUCUGUACCCUUCCAUAAACAUGCUUACCUCCUCAUUUUCUUUGAGUAUGCAACUAUAUAUACAUAUAUAUAUAUAAUGUAUAGACAUGUGUGUAUGUAUAUUAAACAUCCUUAAACUAAAAAUAUUAUCGUCGUAAUCAAGGUUAUAUGUCA